AUGGUUCGCAUUGACCAGUUUUUUGGCAAGGCGGCCGUUCAAAAGAACAAGGGCAAGAAAGCUACGCACGAUUCUAGCUCCUCGCCGAGAAAGCCAAAAAGUCAAGAAACGUCCCAGCAUUUCAAAUCAAAGCAAUCUGCUGAUUCGAACAUCAUUCUGGUAGAUUCUGAAGAGGAUGAAAUAGUGACACCCCAAAGAAAGCGGAAGGCAGAAUUGACUGAAAGCGACAACGAGGAGCCUGUCAAGAAGGAGGCCAAAGUCUUGCCCAAAAAAAGUCCAACUAAAACCAAGAGCACCAAGCCGCAGGCCGGUCGAUCCAGCCAACCCAGCCAACCUGGCGCCGGACAAACAGCACAGGAAAUUCUGGAGACGAUUCCCGAUGCCGAUCCAAAAUACCUAGAGGUUGAUCCUGAGAUGGAGAACAUGAAUUUUUUCCAAUUGAAGGCGCGCACAUCGGAGGCUCCCGCACCAACAGGAGACAGGAUGCUUCCUGAAGGGCGCCCAAACUGUCUCAACGGAUUGACCAUUGUAUUCACAGGUAUUCUUCCAACCAUUGAUAGGGAUGAAUGUGUGCGGAUAGCUUCCAAAUAUGGAGCAAAAGUGACAAAGUCCAUCAGUGGGAAGACAAGCCUGGUAGUGAUUGGUCACGAGGCAGGUCCCAAGAAAAUUAAGAUGAUCAAGGAGAAGAAGAUCAAAUGCAUAGAUGAGGAAGGGUUCAUUCAACUUCUUCAGAAAAUGCCUGCAGAUGGUGGCAGCGGAGAGGCGGCUCAGAUCGCCAAAGCUAAAAAAGAGGAGGAAGAAAGGAAGGCCAUUGAGGAAGCAGAAAAAGAAGAGGAAGAGAAUAGGAAACGACAAACUCAAUUGAAGCAAGAACGGGCUGGCCAGUUUAGCCAACCGGAGAGGCCUAGUGAUAAACCGGACACGGAAAAACUAUGGACGGUGAAGUACGCUCCGACAGAUAUCAAGCAAAUUUGUGGAAACAAGGGAAACGUGGAAUUAUUGCAGAGCUGGUUGGAACACUGGUUCGACAACGCAAAGACCGGUUUCAAGGGUCCUGGCAUACAUGGUUACCGUGCGGUUAUGAUAAGCGGACCUCCGGGAAUCGGCAAAACCACUGCUGCUCACAUCGUGGCAAAAUCCCUUGGAUUUGAUGUGAUAGAGAAAAAUGCUUCUGACGUGCGAUCCAAGAAAUUGCUGAAUGAGCAGUUGCGGUCGUCACUGAGCAACUCAUCUGUGGUUGGGUACUUCAACCAGCUCAAAACGCAUGACCCAAAUAAUCGGAGAAUAGUGAUGAUCAUGGACGAGGUCGACGGUAUGUCCAGCGGAGACCAUGGAGGUGGAGCUCAGCUUUCGCAAUUCUGCCGUACAACCGAGACACCCCUGAUUUUAAUUUGCAACGACAAAUCGCUGCCGAAGAUGAGGACUUUCGAUAAAACCUGCUACGAUCUCACGUGGAGAAGACCCACUGGAAAGGAGAUGAAAUCCCGGCUUAUGACAAUUGCCCACCGAGAGGGAUUGAAGCUGGAUCCUAAUAUCAUCGAUCAAUUGGUGGCUGCCACGAACAACGAUAUUAGACAAAUUAUCAAUAUAAUGUCAACUGUUGCACGUACGCAAAAAACACUCAACUACGAGAACAGCGAACAGAUCUCCAAGACCUGGCAAAAGGAGGUGAUAUUAAAGCCGUUCGAUAUAGUUGGCAAACUUUUGAGCGGCGCUAGCUAUGGAUCUCAUGCCAGAUACAAUCUGUCAGAAAAGAUCAAUCUUUAUUUCAACGACAUGGACUUCACACCGCUGAUGAUACACGAGAAUUACAGGUCCACCACACCAUCGAAACUGAGCGGAUGCCCUGCAAACAAGCGGAAUCUUCGGCAUUUGGAGCUGCUAGAAGAAGCCUCGAAUUAUAUUUCGGAGUCAGAUCUGGUCAAUCAGCUGAUCAGAGGAGGCGAACAACAGUGGUCAUUGGCUCCCUUUCAUGCUGUACUUUCCAGUGUGCUUCCAGGCUCCAAGGUUGCCGGUGGAAUGAACGGGCGUACCAUGUUCACCUCGUGGCUUGGCCAGAACUCCAAGAAAAUGAAGUACGAUAGAAUUCUACAAGAUUUACAAUACCACUCAUCUACGAAGACAAUGACAAACACUCAGGAGCUGAGGCUAACUUACAUUCCAUUCCUGAUUAAAAUGCUAUCGGAUCCAUUGAUUAAAAAUGGAACCAGCGGUAUCGAUCAGGUUUUGGAGCUGAUGGACGAGUAUUAUCUCACGAAAGAAGACUGGGACAAUCUGAUGGAAUUUGGUGUUGGACCAAAGGGCAGAAUGGAUCAAAAACUAAAGUCUGUGAGCUCUGCUACCAAAUCGGCAUUCACCCGAAAAUACAACUCUUAUUCGCAUCCUACUGUGAUCUACAAGACUGGAGAUUCUGUUACUAAAGGAAACCGAGCUCCAGCUCCCAAACCUGAUCUUGAUGAUGUUAUCGAGGAUGAUACAAAAGAUGUGCCAGACGACGAGCCGCAGGAAGAACAAGACGACAUUAAGAACGAUAAACUUAUCAAGCAGGUGAAGCAACGCACAAAGAGGCGCAAGUAA